AUGCUCACAGACGCGACGAUAGGCGACGGGAAGCAGGCGAGCUCUGAGAAGUGUACGAACUGCAGAGAUCACAGAUGGAAUUGCACAUUCUACAAUGCACCUGGAAAGAAAGUGUCACCCGGGUACAUAGAAGCCCUCGAACUCAAAGUGCAGAGGUUGCAAGGCCUCAUAAACCGGUUGCUCCCGGGGCGAGACUUCACAUAUGAAGUAGGCUUCGAGUUGACUCGCGAUAAUUGGAUGCUUCCUGGUGUUUGUGGCGCCUCGGAACUCGGCCAACCCAGUGCUUUCGUCGUAGAGCCCACUUCCUCGGCCUUCAGCGCGAGACACACUCCAGAUACCGCUCCAUCAAGCGCACUCUCAGUGAUGCCCUCUGGUCAUGCAACCCCGGAGACACCCAUGUCAGACAACGAAUUCUCUUCGGACGAGGACCGCCGUCACCCACCCAUCAAGUUACAGCACUUACGCGGCGUGUCGCAAUGGGUCUCGUGGUCGCAUUAUAUUACCCAUUACCUUGGCAAAUCUCUCAGCACCGGACUCAUCAAGACAGCUUUGGAGAUGUGCAGAGAGCUUAUGCCCGGUAUUCCGACCAAUGACGUUCUUCGCUUCCGCUCGAAGGUUUGGGACCGACCAGAUUGGUUGAACGGCCUCGGCGAUACAACUUUGCAACGGUCUUUUCACUUUCCCGAUCGCGAUGUUCUGGACCAACUUGUCGAGCUCUACUUCGCAAACUAUCACAUCAUUGUGCCCAUUCUCCAUCGGCCUACUUUCGAAGAAGACCUACGUUCCAACCUUCAUCUUCAUGACCGUACAUUCGGCACCGUCGUGCUCCUGGUCUGCGCUUUGGGGUCACGAUGGGCGCGCGAUCCUCGCGUCCUCGAGACGGGCGAUACCACGUGGCUAUCUGCAGGAUGGAAAUGGUUCAUCCAAUGUCGAGUCCUCGAUGAUGCCGCGCUUGCCUCUCCUUCAUCUCAUCUGCGCAUACUGCAAGCCCUCUGUCUAGCUGCGGUCUACGUUCCCAAUGUCUCACUGACACACGGAUGGAUGUAUAUCGGUCAAGGCAUUCGACUCGCCGUCGAUAUCGGUGCGCAUAAGCGACGAGUGUAUGGGGCGAACCCCACGUUGGAGGAUGAGAUGUUCAAACGCGCGGUCUGGAUCUUGAUACAUAUGGAUCGGGCGAUGAGCACUAUCAUGGGUCGGCCCUGCUGUAUCCAGGAAGAGGAUUUCGAUCUUGAGAUGAUGCGUUGUUGUGAUGACGAAUAUCUGACACCUGAAGAUCCUGAGCUAUUCGGAAUCCAACCCCCCGACAAACCCUCGAUCCUCACUUACUUCGUCUGGUCAAUGAAGCUCUCUCAAAUCCAAGGUCUCGCGCUGCGCACUCUCUAUGCUAGCACGAAGGCCAAGGCGCACUUCAAUUUCCAAGGCGAGGAAUGGCUUACACGGACUGUCGCCCGUUUCGACUCGCUACUCAAUGGUUGGGAAGACUCUAUCCCGGAACAUCUACGCUGGCAUCCUGAACAACCUAGCGAAGUGUUCUUGGCGCAGUCGGCUCAGUUGUACGCACAGUACUACACCACGCAGAUUCUCGUCCACCGCGCGCAGAUGCUGGUACCUCCGCGGGCACCCGUAUCAUACCCGUCCCUGGCUAUCUGCACGAGCGCCGCACGCUCUCUGAUACGCGUAGCCGGCGUCAUACACCGUAGAAAGAGAGAGCUCAUUGGGAGCUUGACAUGGCAAAUACAGACUGCAGCGAUGGUCACCAUCGUCACUCUUGGCCAUGCGCGUUUGGGGAACAUCAACAUUGAUCGCAAGAAAGCGCUGGCGGACGUUGACUGGGCCAUAUCCGUCUUGCGAGAAGGGGAGAUCAGAUGGCGCUGGUCCGGUAGGCAAGCGGACGUCGUCGAAUCUCUAAGAGUGCUCGGGGAGGCUCCUGCGGAGGAGUUCCUGCCGAUGGACCGACGGAAACGGUCACACGAAGCGGAUGAUGCUGCUGAUCCGGGUACCAUAAUGGAUCAGUUGGGUGCUAUACCCGGUGCAGACGUCUCCCAGCCACCAUUGUACGGCGGGGACCCGUCUGCCACGGACUGGAACGCGCCUUUGAUGACCUUCGGGCCUGCCGUCAGCGACGAACUCGCGCCGUACUCGAUGGACUAUGCGCAGGGCAACACGGUCCAACCACAUAGCGCAGACGCGGUCUUCGGGAAUAUCGACUUUGACGCCCUUUUUGGCUUCGGGAAUGUCAACACGGAGGGACUGCGACCUUGGUCUCCCGCCCCAUUCGAGGGCGCGCUGGACAUGCCUCCAGCUGACACGGUCCAGGAGGGCACGAGCUUAGGGGUUGAGGACUGGUCAAGCUUGACCGUUGAUUACAGUAAGACGGAAGAUUGGCAGUGGACGGCUCUGCAGCAGGAUGCACAAAGUGAAGGGCCUUCGACGAGUUAUGGGCAUUCGCGGAUGUGGGACGUACACGGCGGAUAG